AGCAACAGCCUGUGUCACCGAAAAGGGCAAAGCCUUCGGAAAUAGAAACAAAGUUGGUUACAAAUCACAUUGGCUUUGCCCGAAGUUUUUUUUUUUUUUUUUCCACCCUUCUUUAAGCAUGCUACCAUGGGGACAGUGACCGCCGCUGUCACGGGGGGCAGCCGGGGUGGUUCGGGGCCGCGGGAGCGGCUGUAACUUCUCCGCGACCAUGGUACCUGUUGAAAACAGAGAGGGCCCCGCUCUGCUGAACCCGAAGGGGAGAGCGGCCGAGACGGACGGCAGCGGCGCGGCCAGCGGCAGCCGGCAUCCUCCCGGGGCCAGAGGUUGCGGCAUGUUUACUCUCCUGUCGUCUGUCACUGCUGCUGUCAGUGGCCUCCUGGUGGGUUAUGAACUUGGGCUCAUCUCUGGAGCCCUUCUGCAGAUAAGAACCUUAUUAGCCCUAACCUGCCACGAGCAGGAGAUGGUUGUGAGCUCCCUCCUCAUGGGGGCUUUGCUCGCCUCUCUCACUGGAGGGGUCCUGAUUGACAGAUAUGGACGAAGGGCUGCCAUCAUCUUGUCAUCCUGCCUACUUGGACUCGGAAGCCUGGUGUUGAUACUCAGUUCAUCUUACACGGUCCUCAUAGCGGGACGCGUUGCUCUAGGGGUUUCCAUUUCACUCUCUUCAAUUGCCACAUGUGUUUACAUCGCAGAGAUUGCUCCCCAACACAGAAGAGGCCUGCUUGUGUCACUGAAUGAGCUGAUGAUUGUCAUCGGCAUACUUUUUGCCUACAUCUCAAAUUAUGCGUUUGCCAAUGUUUCCCAUGGCUGGAAGUACAUGUUUGGCCUUGUCAUUCCCUUGGGAAUUUUGCAGGCAAUUGCAAUGUAUUUUCUGCCUCCAAGUCCCCGGUUUCUGGUGAUGAAAGGACACGAGGAAGCUGCUAGCAAGGUUCUCAGAAGGUUGAGAGCCGUCUCAGAUACAACUGAGGAACUCACUGGGAUCAAAUCUUCCCUGAAAGAUGAAUAUCAGUAUAGUUUCUGGGAUCUGUUUCGAUCAAAGGACAACAUGAGGACCCGGAUAAUGAUAGGCCUAACAUUGGUAUUUUUUGUGCAAGUCACUGGUCAGCCAAACAUAUUAUUCUAUGCGUCAACUGUUUUGAAGUCCGUUGGCUUCCAAAGCAAUGAGGCAGCGAGCCUCGCCUCCACUGGGGUUGGGGUCGUCAAGGUCAUCAGCACCAUCCCCGCCACUCUUCUUGUAGACCACGUUGGGAGCAAAACCUUCCUUUGUAUCGGCUCCUCUGUGAUGGCAGCUUCAUUGAUGACCAUGGGCAUCGUGAAUCUCAACAUCCCCAUGAACUUCACCAAUAUCUGCAGAAGCCAUAGCCCUGUCAACCAAUCAUUGGAUGAGUCUGUGUUCUAUGGGCCUGGAAACCUGUCAGCCAGUGAUGACACUCUUAGAGAGCUCUAUAAGGAGCUCACUGCCCGCAGCCAAAGCUCCCUAAUGCCCAUGAGAAAUGACAUGGAUAAGAAAGGAGUGACACACUUACCAAAUACUGGACUGAGCCAAGCUCAAUACCAGAUAGUCACAGAUCCCGCGGACGUCCCAGCUUUCUUGAAAUGGCUUUCCUUAGCCAGCUUGCUUGUUUAUGUUGCUGCUUUUUCCAUUGGUCUAGGACCAAUGCCCUGGCUACUACUGAGCGAGAUUUUUCCUGCUGGAAUUAGAGGACGAGCCAUGGCUUUAACUUCUAGCAUGAACUGGGGCAUCAAUCUCAUCAUCUCUCUGACAUUUUUGACUGUGACCGAUCUCAUUGGCUUGCCAUGGGUGUGCUUUAUAUACACAAUCAUGAGCCUCGCAUCCCUGGUUUUUGUUGUUGUGUUUAUACCUGAGACGAAGGGAUGCUCUUUGGAACAGAUAUCAGCGGAGCUGGCCAAAGGGAACUUUGUGAAAAACAACAUUUGUUUUAUGAGUCAUCAUCAAGAGGAAUUAGUGCCAAAACAGCUUCAAAAAAGAAAACCCCCAAGAGCAGCUCUUGGAGUGUAAAAAGCGGUGUGGUAGGGGACGAGCAAGGUGGCUUUCUCCGGAGAUCUAAUGGCCUCAGACCUUCCACGUGUUGACAAAUUAGAAGGGUGUCUUUGUACCAACACCUAUUGGCCACUCCCAUGUUUGCUUAGGGUCACGGAGCUAGUUUUAGAGGGACACCCUGAAAUGAUAAGGACAACCUUUCAUGUCCACCUGUCAAAGUGUAAAUGGGGUGCAAGAUCCCAAGUGAUCUCUUACUCUGAGUAGGAUACUAGGUGAAAAAUACUGGCUGGUUCAAUACUUCCCACCCUUUUCACAUAGCAGCCUUUGAAAAACUAUGAACUAGUAAUGCGAUCAACUUCUGCCUUAAGGUAUGUACGUAUGGAGGCCAGUCGCAGCUUUAUUAUCCGGACACGUAAGUGGCCCGGACACGAGCUUACAGGGUUUUUUUUUUUUGCCCACUACGACAGUACUUACACUGGGUCUUCUGUAAAAAAGAACAGGACACAACGUGGACAAUUGCACCUAUGUUUUAGAUUAGGAUAGGAUCCUGGCUAGGAUUUCAGUGAUAAUUCCUAAUUAUAUUUCAACAAGUACAAAGAUUAUGCAGCUCAUUCUAUGAAUUAUGAACAACAGUGUAAUGCAAAAUACCCCUUUAUAAAUUUUACGUACUAUCACAUAUUAAAAGAAACAAUUCUGCCAUAGUUAAGAAAAACAAACACUUUUCCAUCCAUUU